CCUAGACCAGGCGGGGCUGGGUGAAUAAAAAGAGGACCAGAGUGCAAGCUUCACUCUAAGUCUGGACACGCAUAAUCAACAGUGUACCGUGGAUCACAGCUGAAUCUUCUCCUUCUUGUGGUCAAAGGGAUACAGCAUGUCCGAGAUGCUUGACGACAUUCUCACAAAGAACCUUAGGAACCUGACCCUGAAUGAAGCCCUGCUCUUAACGGAGCCUCAAAUCAAACUCCCAGGGCAGAGUCAAGUGAACCGGUCAGCCUCUUACUUCUCUCCUCCCUCCCCCCCUGCCUGUUCUGGGCUCAGCUUGAGCACUGAGCAGGUUAACAAUGACGACAACGGCAGCUCUUUUUGGCCGACCAACAUCUGGAGCCAGGCGCCUUUUUCCAAACAAAAACAACUGCCCUUCCGGCCCGACCGCUCCAUGAGCCUGACCGAGUCCAGCAGCAGCCUGCUCUCCUCGUUUGGACAGCUGAAGAACCUGGAGGGGUUUCCGUCGCCAGGCGCCUCUACUACUACUACUGUGGCUCCCCCGCCGGGCUUUCCUCCUUCGUCCAACCUCCCUCCUCAGGUCCAGCCAGUGCAGGCCUCUAACCGCUACAAGACUGAGCUGUGCCGCGGCUUCCAAGAGACUGGCAGCUGCAAGUAUGGCAGCAAGUGCCAGUUUGCCCACGGGGAGGCAGAAUUGCGUGGACUGUACCGCCACCCCAAGUAUAAGACGGAGCCCUGCAGAACCUUCUACAACUUUGGUUACUGCCCCUACGGCUCACGCUGCCAUUUCAUCCACGAGGAGAAGAUCAGUGCCGGUUUGACAACGUCCACCAAAUUCCAGCGACAGCCAACUCCCGGCGGCGGCAACAAUCCGCGCCACCAGCUCCGCCAGAGUCUCAGCUUUGCCGGUUUCCUGGGCUCUUCACGCAGCUCGUCACCUCCCACAUUCCCGUCGUCCUUCAAUGAUCCCAACCUGGGGUUCAGCCGCGCUCCCUCAGUCUCGCCACCUCCCGCUGACCUCCUCUCCCCAGUCUUUUCCGACUCGGUGCAGCGGGAGGCAGCCGCAUUCCAGUUCGGCAGCCACCAGACCCGUGCCAGCACCGGAGACAUCCACAACAUUCCUCUCAUCUUGGCGCCAAAAGCCUCCCGCUGCGUGUGUGGUCAUGGAAAUAACUUUAACAGCAAUAACAGCAGGGGCUUCAACGGCGCGGAGGAUGGGCAGCACCAGGACAGCAACAUGCUGUUUCCUGGGUCUGGGGGCCACGGAGGAUUCAUGAAGCCUGCUUCACUCCAGCGAUUCUCCUCUGAGGAUUCCCUGGAAGACAGCUACAGCAGCAGCGGGGGCUCCAGCGGAACCGAGUCCCCCACUUUCGAUGGGUCAGCCACCAAGCGGCUCACGGUGUUCGAACGCCUGUCCCUGUCUGACUAAAAGGAUCCCAAGGGAAGGAACUGCAGAAAAGUGACACUUUAAUAACUUUAUUCUGUCUAUCUGUACUUUCGUCAGAACCAGAACUGUUCAGAACAAGUCGACAAGUUGACGCAAUAACACUUAAAGUUCUUAAUUUAUAUUUGUAAAAAUGGAACUCAUCUUAGACAAACUACACAUACUGAGAUGAUUUUAGUACCCAAAUAUUAGUAGACUCUAUUUUUAUACUUACAAAUAAUGUGUAGCUUAUUGGACCUUUGUAUGUGGUCUUCCGUAAGAAUUAACUCCUCUGCAGGUCUUGACCAGUACCAGUAACUGUUCUGGUUUGUAAUUAACACAACUCUGUAGUGAUCAAAAUGGCUUGUCUGUAGUGAUAAUCAUUAACGCCUACGCCUUAAAGAUUUUCCCUGCCUCAUGUGCCACAAACAGUAUGUUUGAUUCAGUAGCCUUAAUCAGUGAGACCUGACAUGUGUCUGUGAUAUGCACUUUACAGCUAAUUCAAACGGGAGAAACUCCCAGUAGCAUUCAACCAAAGCUUCAAUCUUACCCCGCUGUGUGUGUGUGUGUGCGUGUGUGUGUGCGUGUGUGUACGUGCCUGUAUCUAUGCAUGUGCGGGUGUAUGUUUAACCUUGUCAUUUUUCUUGGUGUGCCUGCAAAUAUAAGCUACAGAAUGCUGAAAGAUCAAAGUGUGCUGAUAGAAGGAGGCACAUCAGCGAGUUUAGAUCUGAAUAUCACACUCAAAGAGAUUUGAUUCUGUUAAAAAAAAAAAAUCAACAACAAAAAAAAAAAAAAGACACGCUGUUAUAUUUGCUCGUUGGUAAUUUGCGCACCGUCUUUUAUCCCCCGUUCUCCCCCGUUCGUUUGACAGCCUGGUUCAGGGAACACCGCAGUAUUCCUUUCUGUUAUUCGUUGCCUUAUGUUGUUUAACUUAAGCAAAUAUAUUUAUUAUGAUAUUUAUUUGUGUUUAAAGAAAAAAAAUGUAUUUUGUACUUUAUUUAUGGAGAAAUAUUUCAAGGUCUGUGAAAUGACAAUGUGAGAAAACAAACAGUAAAUCUUAUAUUUUUAAUUUCCUGAAAGGAACAAAAUAAAUUUCUGAAUAAAGAAGUGAUUGCAUACUCUC